AUGUCUCUCAUGGCAGAGUCUCCUACGAGACUACGGUCUGAGCUAGAGGCUUGCUUGUCGGAUCGCGCUGAAAUCUAUUUGCCAUUGUCGAAUGGCUUCGCGAACUCGGAUUUGCGUUUCACUGAAUAUGAGCGGCCGACCUAUGCUUUGGCAGUUCGGCCAGGCUGUGCGCACGACGUGGUGUGCAUAGUCAAGUUCGCGCGGGAGAAGGGUAUUCCCUUUUCGCCCAGGGCUGGCCAUCAUUGUGUGACAACUACCAUGCGACACCUCCAAAAUGGUCUUCUAAUCGACAUGAGAUCGCUGAACCAGAUUUCCUUGAACGAGGAGACGGGCUAUGUGACCAUCGGUGGCGGGGUUAUUACUGACGAAUUUGUCCGGUUCCUCGAGAGCAAAGGACUGGAGAUAAAUGUCGGGUCCUGUCCAACGACGGGAGUGAUCGGAGUAUCUUUCGGGGCCGGCCUAGGUCGUCUACAGGGGAAGUAUGGUUUCUUGCACGAUAAUAUGAUCUCGUACCUCUUUUGGGCGAUUCGUGGUGCUGGCCACAACUUUGGCAUUGCGGUUGAGGCAACGUUCCAGGCCUAUCCUCAGGCAUACGGGGGCAGGCACUUUACUUGGGACUUUGAGUAUAGCCUCGAACAAUGUGACAGCGUGUUCGAAACUUUGAACAGGCACCUCAUUCUUGUCAAUCUUGUAUGGUCUGGCAAAGAGUCAGAGGCCGACUAUUGGAUACAGCAAUUCAAGACUCUGGAGCCUGUGGUCACCGGGAUUAAGACCAAGACAACUUGGUCGGAGCUACCUUGGACUACAUACAAUGGGCUUAACAAAAUUUUGAGCAAACCCGAAGUCUGGUCCAGAGCACCCUACAAAAUGAUGAGUGCGGCGAGUGUCGCAAAAUUUGAUCUAAAUACCACCAAAGCGUUCUUUACCAGCCUUAAGGAAAUGAAUGAGACCUGGGCCGGCAAGGGGGUAUUCGGGGCUAUGUUCGAAAGUUUGCCGCAUCAUCGCUCUCGUGAGCUAGACGCAGAGUCCACGGCAUUCCCAUGGAGAUUUGAUACCAAUCACUUUCUGAUGAUGACCGCGACUCCCUUCAGCAUUGAGGAUCGUGAUGCAUUCGAGGCACACCUUGACAAAUGGAAGAGAGAGUUUAUUGCAGUCUCUGGGUACGGCCGACUUCAUCAAUAUGUUAACUAUGGUAACACAACGUCAACCAUGGAAGACCCACCGGAGGCUCUGUACGGAUAUGAGCCGUGGAGGUUGCAAAAGUUGAGAGCGCUUAAGCACGAAUACGACCCGGACAACGUGUUCAGGUGGUACCAGCCACUUGUGUAG